UAUAUGUGCCGACACUCGCCUACAUAGAUGUUUAAGUUUGUGCUAAACGACGCCGCUACCUGUGUGCGCAACAAUGUGCGAGACUUCAGCCUCAACGCUCUACGUCUCCUGCCGCACCUGCCUCAGCUGAGUCCCUACGAUGUGAAUCUGCAGCUGCGGGAGAACGAAUUUGUGUACAACUUCCCCGUGGAUGGGAUUGUGCGCAGCUACGAGACGAACCAGUUGGGCUCCAAUUCCCCAUGCGAGGACUCCCGCACCGAGGCCAGUCUGCUUCACAGAAAUGGCUUCAUUUGCGGCAUAUUCGAUGGCCAUGGCGGCGCCGCCUGCGGCCAGGUUGUGUCCAAGCGUCUCCUGCGCUAUGUCUCUGCGGCCACGCUGCCCCGCCAGGUGCUCAAGGAGCACAUCAAGCAGAACUGCAACAGCCAGUCCUUCCUCAAGUGUCACAACGACAACGUGGACUUCGUCAACGAGAUCAAGCCCAUCUAUGAGCACAGUUUCCAGAAGUACAUCAAACAACUCUCCCAGACACCGCAGCGGGACGUGGGCAGUGAACUGGUGCAUGCCUUUCUCCAACUGGACGAGGCACUGUCGCACGAGGCGCUGGCCACCAUCGAUGUGCGCACCAUGGGUGUGGCGCUGUCGGGUGCCGUGGCGUGUCUGGUCCAUUUGGAGGGACUGCAACUGCAUGUGGCCAGCACUGGGGACUGUGGCGCCGUUCUGGGCGUCCUCGAUCCCCAGACGAGUCAAUGGCAACCAAAGAAACUCAACAUCGAACACAAUGCUGACAACAUGACCGAGGUGAAGCGCAUUCUCGACGAGCACCCCAAGGAGGAGCACGACACGGCCAUACGUAAUGGCCGGCUGCUUAGCCAGCUGGCGCCGCUGCGCGCCUUUGGCGACUAUCGCUACAAAUGGUCCCUGGAUAUCAUGCAGAAGAAGGUGGUGCCCCUGAUCGGGGAGCAGGCGAUGGCACCCAACUAUUAUACGCCGCCGUACCUGACCGCCCGGCCCGAUGUUCAACAGCACGAGCUGAGCGUCAACGAUAAGUUUCUAGUCAUAGCCAGCGAUGGCCUGUGGGACUUCCUCUCGCCCAGCGAGGUAGUCAGCCUCGUGGGGGAGCACAUCAACUCGAAGAAAAUACUGGAGCCAAUGCGACUGCCCGAGGGCAAUCCCACGCUCCAGCAAAUCUCCGAUCAGCUGGCCGAACGCAAAGCUGGUCUUACACGUAAGCCGAUCGAUCAGAAUGCUGCCACACAUCUGAUCCGGAAUGCACUGGGUGCCACCGAUUAUGGGAUUGAGCACUCGAAGAUCUCGUAUUACCUGUCGCUGCCCAAGGAUGUGGUGCGUCUGUAUCGCGAUGAUAUCACAAUCACUGUCAUUUACUUCAACACGGAACACAUAGCCCGGCUCCGAGAUGCCGGUACUGGGAUCAGUGCGCCGGCAGCGUGAUCCCCCCGUUACAGACUUGUUUUCUUUCCGCUCCGCUUGUGUGUAUGUAUAUUUAUUACCUGUACCGGCCGGUACCCGCCGCCACUAUCUCUCUCUGUUUCAGUGGCCCAACUAAAAGCCUAAAGCCCAAAGGCUGAAGCCUAUAGCCUAUAGCCUAUAGCUAAUCCCUAGGCUAAGUGUUUGCGUUUAAGUUUGUUUCACACUUCUUUGGACAGUAAAUCCUUUCACUCUUAAAUCGAGAA